AUGUUCUCCCAGUUCCAGGUGGUUAUGGUGACUCUGUCAGUCUCUCUACUGGUGUGCAGUUCUGCACCAAGAGGGGAUAUACUGCUUCAGCUUCUCCGAUCAGGAGACCCCACUGAAGAUGAGGAUCUUUCUCGUUUACUCUUACUGAAGCAUUUUUCUGAGUCAGUGGCUCCGGAUGAGAGAGAUGUCAUUGCAGGCAAUGAUGACCUUGAUGUUCAUGAUGAAGUGAUUCGUGAGCUUCCUCUUUCUCAGCGAGAACGUAAAGCAGGCUGUCGGAAUUUCUACUGGAAGACCUUCACUUCUUGUUAGUCCUCUUGCUUUGGUUGCUCGGAUUAUUGAACUUGAACGGUUCAACUUGUCGUUAAAUAUUUAGACUAUAAUUUGUUCAACAUUCAUGUUUUAGAGGAUUUCCUGUGAGUGCAUUGCUGUUUAAUACACAAUUAAAACUGAAAAUUGUUGUUUGUGAUAUUGUAUGUAUUCACCAAGAAUCAUGAGGCACAGAGACAUUAGUAAUAUUAAUAUAAAGAAGGCUUAACUGUUUGUUAUUUAUUAUACUUUAUUACUUCCGGUUUCGUUUAUUAAUGGUCUGACUAGUUGCUAAACUGAUCUCUUGAACAAAUGCCUCG